AUGGCAUCCCCCAUACCAUCAAAGCAUCCUGCAGUGGUCAUUGUAGCCCCAGGGGCGCCUCUUGAAAUACACGAGGUCGACACCGUCUUCCCGUCGACAGAUGAGGCCCUCGUUCACGUCGAAUGGUUCGGCUCCACGCCUCUGAACCUACACCAAGCAGACGGUGGGCUACUCAUCAAGCCACCCCACAUCAUGUCUGGUUGCUUUGUUGGUACGGUGGCUCAGCUCGGGGACCUCAAGGAGCCAUCUCUAUCUGAGUCCUCCAGGGCCCUCAAAGUGGGCGACAAGGUCUUCGGCUUCACCUUCCAACAAGAGAAGCACAAGCCCAUGCAGACAUAUCUCACCGUCCCCGUGACCUUCCUCGGCAAGGUUCCCACCAACAUCUCAGCACAGGAGGCAGUCACGGUGCCGAGUAACUUCUGCACGGCUAUACACACCAUCACCAAAGAUCUGGGACUGGAGCUGCCGUGGCCUGUGCCAGAGAACUGGGCAUCACCCGAGGCCGACAAGCCAAUCCUGGUAUGGGGUGCCGCCGGUAGCGUGGGCCAGUAUACUCUGCAGGUCCUGAAGCACUGGGGUUAUCGCAAUGUUCUGGCCGUGGCGAGCGCGAAGCACCACGAAGCGCUGAAGGCUCUUGGUGCAACUGCUGUCUUUGACUACAACAAUGAAGACUCAGUGAAGUCCAUAUCCUCUGGGCCGUACAUCCCAUACAUAAUUGAUUGCAUCGGCUCGCUGGAAGGGACCGUGACGCCCCUGAGCAAGAUUGCCGAGAAGGGCACCAAGGUUGCGAUCAUGCUGCCUGUGGUCGUGAGCCAUGCUAGCAACAGCGAUGCGCCGACGUACGAGAUGGACGUGGGCAAUGUGCUGGUGGGGCAAUGGAAGGAGGGCGUGGAGCUGAGGGGCGUGAGGACUCAUUUCUACCAGGACAACGAGUUCUUCAAGUACCACUUGCAGCCGGAUAUCAUGCCAGCGCUGUUGCAGGAUGGCACGAUCCGGCCGAACAAGCAGAGACUCGUGGAGGGGGAGACGCUGCUGAAGAGGGCUGAGCAGGCGCUGUCUUUGUUUAGGGACGGAGCUGUUAGCGGAGAGAAAGUUGUGUGGAGGGUCGCUGAGGAGUAA